AUGGUUUAUGCUAAGAGCUGGACCCUGAAGAAGCACUUCGAAGGCAGCCCCACUCAUGGUAACUUUGAGCUGAAAACAGUUGAACUCCCACCCUUAAACAAUGGAGAGGUCCUGCUGGAAGCUUUGUUCCUCACUGUGGAUCCUUACAUGAGAGUGGCAGCCAAAAGAUUGAAGGAGGGUGAUACGAUGAUGGGGCAGCAAGUGGCCAGAGUUGUGGAAAGUAAAAACUCAGCCUUCCCAACAGGAACUAUGGUAGUGGCUUCUUCAGGCUGGACAACUCACUCCAUUUCUGAUGGGAAAGAUCUGGAAAAACUGCCUGCAGAGUGGCCAGACACAUUACCAGUGUCUUUGGCUCUGGGAACAGUUGGCAUGACAGGGCUAACAGCCUACUUUGGCCUACUUGACAUCUGUGGUGUGAAGGGUGGAGAAACAGUGAUGGUUAAUGCAGCAGCAGGAGCAGUGGGCUCUGCUGUGGGCCAGAUAGCUAAGCUCAAGGGCUGCAAAGUUGUUGGAGCAGCAGGGUCUGAUGAAAAAGUUGCCUACCUUAAAAAGCUUGGAUAUGAUGUUGCCUUUAACUACAAAACAGUAGAGUCUUUGGAAGAAACUUUGAAAAAAGCCUCUCCUGAUGGUUACGAUUGUUAUUUUGAUAACGUAGGUGGAGAGUUUUCAAACAUUGUUAUCCCCCAGAUGAAGAAGUUUGGAAGGAUUGCUAUUUGUGGGGCCAUCUCUGUGUAUAAUACUACUCGCCCACUUCCCCCAGGCCCACCCCCAGAGAAUAUCAUCUAUCAGCAACUCCGCAUGGAAGGGUUCAUUGUCACCCGCUGGCAAGGAGAUGUCCGUCAGAAGGCUCUGAAAGACUUGCUGACAUGGGUCUUAGAGGGUAAAAUCCAGUACCAUGAAUACAUCACUGAAGGGUUUGAAAACAUGCCAGCUGCGUUUAUGGGAAUGCUGAAAGGUGAAAAUUUGGGGAAAACAAUAGUGAAAGCAUGA